AUGUCUUGGACGAAAAAUGUUUUGAAUGUAGCUUUAGGAAUUAGAGUUGCUCAUUUAGUUGAUGUGACAUUUCUAACACAUGAAGAAACUUUAACAUUCAUAUCAUCACUUCGUCAAGUUAACGUACCAAAUUCUUUAAUUUAUCUUUUAAAUACACAAAUUUAUUCAACAUUCGUAAAAGAAAAUGAAAAAAUAAAUUCAAUUUUAUUUAUUUCUCAAAUACCUCAAUGUAUAAUUUCUUUUACUGGAUGGAUUUUAGAAUAUCAAGUAAUUUAUAUAUUAGAAAAAAAUUCAUUUGAAUUUGAAUCACAAAAUAUUAUUAUAAAUUGUCUUGGAAAUCAAGAAUUAAAAUUAUAUCGAAUUUUUUUAAAGAAAAUUAAUAAUAAUAAUCAUAAUUCUGAUAAAGAAAGGCAUAUGUUAUUAAGUUUUAGUUGUCCCGUUAAAAUCUUCAAUUCUUUAAAUGAUUCUCAAUCUAAUAAGGAUAUUAUUUCAACUGUAUUAAAUGAUACUUUUACAUUUAGAAUUGAACAGAAUCAAUCCUUUUGGAAUAAAGGAUGGGAAUUAGAGAUUAGUGAUGUUUGUUUACCAGUUGUAGCUUUGUAA